CCGCCCAGUAAGUUUCGAUCAAAACCGUUGCAAGCAGUCAGAUUGUCGACGCAGCUUAGCCAACUCGAAAAGUUUUAAAUAGUCAAUAGGCAUUUUCCGCGAUUCUGUGGUUAUUAUUAGUAUUGGAAUUUUGUAACAUUAUGAUCAAGUAUGACCGCAUUUUUUUGUUAUUUUUCGUCUCCCCGUUUCUGGUCGCUUCAGUGUUGGGUUUAGUACAAAUAAAGGAACUUAGGAUGCCUACAUCUGUAAGAAGUGGUGAAGUUGAUGAACUCAUCUUAGAUUGUGAUUAUGAAGUACGCAAUGUAAGUGGUAUAGAAGUGAAGUGGUUUUAUAAUGGAAAUAAGGAUCAAAUAUAUCAAUGGAUUCCUGGAAGGAGUGCUCCUGGAUAUCCCAUGGGAUCUCUCAAGAACAACAUCGAUGCAACAUUCCAAGCGACCGAUGAUAAAUUGACUAUGUACAGGGCGUUGAAAUUGAUAAACGUAACCCAUAAUCUAACCGGAAGUUACACAUGCAAAGUAUCAGGAUAUACUGAGGAAGCAGUUGAAACGAAAAAUUUGACUAUUUUUGUGCCAGCACCGGAUGGAUUGAACCUGACAAUAAUUCCAGAGGAGAUGUCUGCCAUUUGUUCUGUUAGUGGAAUUUUUCCUGAACCUAUGUUAUCAUUGAUCAUCCAAAAUGGAAACAUCACGAAUAAUACAGACUACAGAGUGGAAAAUGAUGUUGAAAGAGAACAUGGCCUAUACAACAAAGUGACCACCCUAUAUUUCAAAAAUGAAAGCAUGGCUGCAAAUUCUGAAUUCAUUUGUAUGAUGAAAAUCCCAGGAACUGAGUAUGAAAUUACGGAAACAAGGCUAUAUUCAACAGAUAACUUCAGUAUAAGAGCUCACCUGGACAUUUCACUCCUACCACUAUGUAUCCUAAUUAUGUUCCUCCUUUAGAAGUUGGAAGGAGAAACAAACAAUGCUGAUUGUUAUGAAGAAUUAACCUAAAUAUUAUCAUUUGAAAGAAUAUUUCUUUCAAAAUAGAUAUUUUUAUAUUAUCUAGUCUCUUAACCAAAUAAUUCUGUUGAUAUAGAUUUUUGUGAGAUAUUAUUAUUAAUGCCAUCAAAAUGUGAGAAUGUUGUGAUAUGUGUUAUGCCUUAUUAAGAAUGAGGUAGAAAGAAUUUACGAAUAAAUGAAUUAUAUUUAUAUAUUAAGA